AAUCAAACUAUCGUUAACUCUUAUCUUCUUCCUUAAUUUUAAAUUAACUAAACACAUACAUCUGUUUACUUCGCUGUAAAUAAGAGUUUCGUACUUCAACCCAUUAUCUCCUCCUUACCAGAAAAAAAAAAAAAAAGAAACAGGGAAGGCAUUUUCUGUCUGUUGAACGAUUCAAUUAGACCAUCUCGGAGCUCGAAUUGGGGUUUUGAGCUAGUUUCAGAGAGGAUUUCUAGGUUUUUCUGGGUUGCGUUAUUGUUCUUAGGGUUUCUGCUUUCUGAGGAUGGCCCAACCCACUACGAGCAGAGCUAGGGUUGUUGGAGAUUAUAUCGUUGGUCGACAGAUCGGGUCGGGAUCAUUCUCUGUUGUCUGGCACGCAAGACAUCGUGUUCAUGGCACGGAGGUCGCAAUUAAAGAGAUCGUCAUGGAUCGUCUUAGCAAGAAAUUGCAGGAGAGUCUCAUGUCUGAGAUUUUUAUUCUGAAAAGGAUCAAUCACCCUAACAUCAUUCGCUUGCACGAUAUUAUAGAGGUUCUUGGAAGAAUACAUCUAGUAUUGGAGUACUGCAGAGGGGGUGAUCUUUCAAUGUAUAUUCAUAAACACGGAAGAGUUCCAGAAACAACUGCAAAGCUGUUCAUGCAGCAGCUAGCUGCUGGUUUACAAAUUCUCCGUGACAACAAUCUUAUACACAGAGAUCUAAAGCCACAGAAUCUCCUUCGUUCCACUAAUGAUGACCAGUCCAUAUUGAAGAUUGCGGAUUUUGGAUUUGCAAGGUCUUUACAACCUAGAGGCCUUGCAGAAACUUUAUGUGGUUCGCCACUUUACAUGGCUCCAGAAAUAAUGCAACUCCAGAAGUAUGAUGCAAAGGCAGAUCUCUGGAGUGUUGGUGCUAUCCUAUUUCAGCUUGUAACUGGGAAGACCCCAUUUACUGGAAGCAAUCAAAUUCAGUUGCUACAAAACAUCGUGAAAUCAAAUGAGUUGCGCUUCCCUCCAGAUAAUAAUGAUUUGAGUUCUGACUGUAUUGAUUUGUGUCAAAAGUUGUUGCGUCGUAAUCCAGUUGAAAGGUUAACGUUCGACGAGUUUUUUAACCACCCAUUUCUUUCCCAAACCCAAUCUGUAGAUUCAUUGAGGAGUAGGAUGGGUUCAAGGACAAGGGAUUGCAUCCCUUCAGCUGAAUCUAGUCCUGGAAGGUACACAGAAGAUAGUUCUCAAGAUGAUUGCCUCCCCUUCCUUUUAGAUGAUGAUUGUAGUGGUCCAGAUGGGAUCCCUGCCUUUCCCAUGAACAAGACUUCUAUGAGGCCUACAUAUGGAUUUUCUCUUGAUACAAAAGUGGAAAAAAAGGCUCCAGUUUUCGAUCCUCCUAGUAACAUGGAUAUUGCUUCAAGAUAUAAUAAACUCACACAUAAACAGGAAAAAACUGGGUUCAAGGUUGAUCAACACAGACAUUCAGAUGGAAACAUCAAAGGUUCUGUUACAGUCGCAGACCAAAGACCGAUGAAGACUGCAUCCAAAGUUCUGGAUUCACUGGAGUUCGAUCAGGAUUAUGUACUUGUCUCUGGACCCCUUAUGGAGGCCUCCUCACCAUCACUAAGUGCAUCCAGGCCACGUAAUUCACCAUGCAAAGUGGAUAAUCCCUCUUUAUCAUCUUUACAAAAUGAUAGUUCACCAAGUGCACCGAUGCCAAUUGUUGGAAGCUUGGAAAGCCAUAGCUCUGUCCCGUCUGGUGCUUCACAAGGAUCCAUGGAUAUGGGAGAUGCUUUGGAGCAGCCUUCAGCUAACUGCCUGACAAGGAUUAGGUCUUUGCAGCAGUGUGCUUCUGCUAUAACAGAAUUAGUAAAUGAGAAGAUUGAGGCAGGUAGGCAACUAGAAGCUUUCUCAAUUCAGCUGGUAAUUUUGGCAAUUUGGAAACAAGCCCUUCAUAUCUGUCAUACACAGGCUGCCUCAGCUGUAGAAGGAAGUCCCACUCAAGAGAGUAGAGUUAUGAGGAGCACCAACAAGAGGCAUAGUAAUUUCGAUGUGGAAGAAUGUGCUAAUGUCAUUCAAGCUCAAGGGCCUGAAGCUGUUUACCCCCAGAUUGAGAGGGAAUUUCUCCUUGAAGUUGGGCAUGCUGAGGAACUAGCUAAGGAUCUUGAGCCAGUUGAUGGUAGCACAGAAAUGCCAGAUGCUAUGGAGACUAUAUUCCAAUCUGCACUUGCAUUAGGCAGGCUUGGUGCUGUUGAGGAGCUGAUGGGUGAAAUGGAGAGUGCAGCAGCUUUGUAUUCAAAAGCAGUACGCUUGCUCAUCUUUCUUUUAGUGGAAGCACCUUCCCUUAUCUUGAACCCUCCCUUCUCCCUCACAAGUUCAGAUCGGUUUCGCCUCCAGACAUAUAUUGAUAUCUUGAACAACAGACAGAGUCAGUCGAGGUCUCAAAGGAUGGCUCUUCUCAAGUGUGAGGAUCAACAGUGCCCACCCUGAAGUUGAUGAGUUUCUUCUCAAUAUCUUGCCUGAUGACUGGCAGUGUUUAUAUGUAAUCAUUUAUUUGUACAGUAAUUCUUUUGAUGCCUUCAAGGUGCCAGUGGAAGGAGUAGACUUGUAUUUUAGGAUGGAUAGUGUUGAAAUUCUUACCUGUAAUUCACAGAAAAUUCACAAGAUGAAUGAAAAGAUAAUACAAUCCUUAUUUGUUGCAC